AUGUUCCUUAGAAUAUGUGUAUCCUAUAGACUGAUUAAGAAGAAAAGCAGCUAUAUCAACAGCAAUAACAACAGACACAACAACAACAACAGCAACAGCAACAGCAACAGCAACAGCAACAGCAACAGCAACAGCAACAGCAACAGCAACAGCAACAGCAACAGCAACAGCAACAGCAACAGCAACAGCAACAGCAACAGCAACAGCAACAGCAACAGCAACAACAAUGGCAUGAAUUGUGAAACAAGUCAUCAUCAACAAAGGGGGGUGCUUCCAAAUGGAAGCACCGCGUGUCAACCACCCCCGUGCCCUGCGCCAGAAGGACAAGAAGGCCAUCAAGAAGAAGAAGAAGAUGGCGAAGAUGGAUUCAUCCAUCAAGACUCUGGUAAGACUAUCAUUGCCACUACAUAUGUGUAUCGAUCGUCUCGAAAACGCCGCCGCGGCCGAAGAAGCGGAACUUGCGCGCAAGCGCACCAAGGUCAAAGAACUCCUCAAAGCCAUCAAGGAGGCGGAGGAGGAGGAAAAGGGAAAGAAGAACAAGGAGGAAAAGAAGAACAACGAGGGCAAGGAGGACAGGGGCCAGGCUUGUGCCUUGGUUAUGAGAUUCAAGGAAAACACAACAACGACGGCCUCUCGAUGAAACAUGAAAGAUAA